CUAAGUCCUGAAAUAGCGAAAUAUUAAAUCCACCUGAAAUAUUAUAGAGAUCAGAGAUCGAUCCAGCUAAUCUUAUCCCGUCUGCCACGCGCGGAACGUAGGUGGCACACCAGCGAUGUCCACCGAACCCGCCGCUGCCGGCGCUGCCACGCCGGGCGGUUACGACCGCCGGCGCGAGCUGCAGGCGUUCGACGACACCAAGGCGGGCGUCAAGGGCCUCGUCGACGCCGGCGUCACGGCCGUCCCAACCAUCUUCCGCCACCAUCCGGACUCCCUCGACCUCGAGGCCACCUCCUCCUCCACUGACGACGUGGCCGCCAUCCCGGUCGUCGACCUGUCCGGCGCGCCGCGGGAGGAGGUGGUCGCCCGGGUGAGGCACGCCGCGGAGACCGUGGGGUUCUUCCAGGUGGUCAACCACGGCGUGCCGGGGGAGCUCAUGGCCGCCGUGCUCGACGGGGUGAGGCGGUUCAACGAGGGCCCCGCCGAGGCGAAGCGGCGGGCGUACACCAGGGACACCGCCCGCAAGGUGAGGUUCAGCUCCAACUUCGACCUCUUCCAGUCCGCGGCGGCCAACUGGCGCGACACCCUCUUCUGCGAACUCGCGCCCGUCCCGCCGUCGCCGGAGGAGCUGCCCGAAGCUGUCAGGGACGUUAUGCUGGAGUACGGCGGCGCGGCGACGGAGCUGGCGCUGCGGGUGCUGGAGCUGCUGUCGGAGUCGCUCGGGCUGCCCGGCGACCGCCUGCGCGAGAUGGGGUGCGCGCAGGGCCUCAACGUGGUGAGCCACUACUACCCGCCGUGCCCGGAGCCGCACCUGACCCUCGGCACCACCAGGCACACCGACGCGAACUUCAUCACCGUCCUCCUGCAGGACGGCAUGGGCGGCCUGCAGGUGCUCCUCGACCGCGCCGGCGCCGGCGGCGGCCGGCGCUGGGUGGACGUCCCUCCCCUGCCCGGAGCCCUCAUCAUCAACAUCGGCGAUCUUCUUCAGCUCGUCAGCAACGACCGGCUCAGGAGCGUGGAGCACCGGGUCCUGGCGAACGGGAGCAGCGACACGGCGAGGGUCUCGGUGGCGUGCUUCUUCAACACGGACAUCAAAGGGUCGACGCGGUUGUGCGGCCCCAUCACGGAGGGCGGUAACGACGACCCGCCGCUCUACAGGAGCGUCACGGUCCGAGAGUUCAUGGCGCGCGUUUACAGCGAAGGACUCGGAGGCCGCCCGCUCGACUACUUCAGGUUGGAGCACUAGCAUACUGCUCCUAGAUCUGCUGUGUAGUGUGUAGUGCUAGUGGAUGCAGCGGUCGCCCUUCACAUGAAAAGUAGAGCUAGUGAACAAUGCAUCGACAUGGAUAGGAAAAUCUCAAAAUCAGCACAAACGAACAGGAUUCGAAUAAUGAAAGAAUAUGUGUUCAUGUUUUGGCAA